AUGUCUAGCGAAAAUGUCUGGCAACCCAACUCAGUUUCUUCUUUGGACAUCUCCAACGGCACAUGGGCCACACCGGGUCCUUCUCAGACCGACACCUGGCGCAAUUCCAACUCAAACGGCUGGGACGUGGGUCCAUCACGUCACCAAGUGGGUCCCCCACCUCAGCAGCCCAUUGCUAACGCAGACUGGGGAGCACGGGCUCCAAAUGUCCAUGCGGCACAAAGACAGCGAUCCUUCCACGAGGAACUGUUAGGCGCUUCUGCAUCUCCGCAUGCCGCUCCCGCCGUCGAGUCUGUUAUCAAUCUCAGCGAACUCAUGUCUCAACCACCGGAUCGCAACAUGGAUCUGAUGCCGCAUGAUCUGGGACCUCACAGCCUGGAUUUGGGAUGGGAUGUGAACGCCGCUUCUCCAUCUCGCCCUGACGGAGGCCGCUUCCACGAGAUGCGCAAAGCUAGAUCCGAGUUCACCCUCGCCGAUCGCAUCCGCACCCGUCCCGAUGAAGACAUGGACGGCUUGCGCUACGGCUUCCCGGACACUAACGAAACGAGAACUCCUUCCGACGCUAAACCGCCGCGUCAGCGCCGCGGGACUUUGGACCGCCCGUCCAGGAACGAUCGCGAUCCAGGAAGUCGUCACUCAUUCGCGUCUCUGAAGGGGUCACCUUUCAGAGAUUCGCCAUCUCACCCACGAAAUGACGACGGACAGCGUUAUGAUAAUGCUCGCAAGGGUCCUCCUAAGACUCCAAGCAGGCUUUUCACGCGCCAACUCGAAGAUGUGAACAAAUCGCUGGGCGGCUCAUCUCCACUCCCGAAAUCUCCAGAAAAAGCUUCCUCCAGUGGCUCCGUUCCCGCAGCCUCCCAGGACAGAUCGGCCAAGCGAAGGAGGUCUCGCAGAGGAGGAAAACUUGCCGACGCCAGCAAAGCUACGGGUCUCCUGAUUUACGGCUUUCCGAAAAGCGUUCGCGUAAGGGAGCUUAUCCAAGUAUUUACCGAGUUUGGUGAUAUUGUCAAUGUUGGUAUUGUCAACCCUAAAUCUGAACAUGACAUGUAUGCUUUCGUCGACUACGAAGAGACUGGGUGCGCAGAACGAGCCCUGAAAGCGUUGAGCAAAAAAACGCUCUUUGAUAUGACUACCCCGCUGGAGUUGGAUCUUCGUUUCGAUGCCAGUGCCGCUGAUGACACUGAUUUCCGCAUCCCGGCUUACUCAACUGGAAGCUUGGGUAGGGGUGGCCGACCGGCUCCUAAUACCGCAGGUGGCGCUACCGCGUCUAAUCCGGACCUUGACAUGAAAAGCUUGCAUCUCGCUAAUUUGCCGCGCACUGUUGAAAAGGUUGAUCUGGAUGAGAUGUUUGCGUCCUUUGGCUCCAUCACACGCUUGAACAUUGUGAAUCGCGCCCGCGAGAAGAGGGCAUACGCGUUCGUCUCGUUCAAUACCGAAAAGGCAGCACGAGCGGCCUUCGAACACAUCCGCGCCAGGAAGGUCUUUGGGAUGGCCGAGCCCCUGCGCGUCGACUAUGCCCACCGCAUGGACGCGGCCUCGACGCCUAUCAGAGACACAGGCCGCCGCGGGAGCUUUGCUUCCGUUGCGAGGAGCUCGCGACAGAAGCUUGAACGCCCCGACCGUCAAGCUAUCUACAUUGCCAGCAUGUGGAUGACGCCCGAGCAGAUGGUGCAUCAGUUUACUGGGUUUGGGAAGGUCAAGGACCAUGCCGUGUUGAAGCCUCAGGGACCUGAUGACGAGCAUCGGAGCGCUUUGGUCGUGUUUGACAAUCCAGAGGCUGCGGCGAGGGCUGUUGCUGCCCGUGCUCUGGGUGCCGUGUUCCCCCGCCAACGCAAGGUACAGCUAACGGAUCUCCCUGCCGAUCUCACUGAAAAGAUGCUCCAUGACGCUUUGGAGUCUUGCGGCGAGAUACAGAAGGUGGAGAUUGUGAGACCUGCCGAUGGCGCUACUAGUGCAUCUGCCCUGAUGGAGUUCGUGCGUGGAGAAGGCGCUGCGCAAGCUAUCACGAAGUGCCAGAGCGUCAAAUUGGAGGGAAUGAACAAGCUCGUUGCGUUUUACGCACCUACUGGCAAUCGCAAGACGGAAAACAGCGGUUCUGGUAACAGCAAAGAUGAAGAUGGAGAGAGUAGCUGGCUACAACAACGCGACGACGGCAUCAAAGUGGAGCAACAGCCCGACGUUCCCAUCAAAAUGGAAAGUGGGAGGGAGCAGCCCAUCCCCUUGCCUGGCGAAGACGUCGUCAAGGAGGAAUCUGGGUGGGACCAGCCCAUUGCCACUCCUGGCGAAAACGGCAUCAAGCAGGAACCUGGUUGGGACCUGCCCAUCAUCUCACCUAGCGCUGAAGAGCAUUCUCUCGAAGACGACGGAGGUCGCACGGUUGCUGAAGCCAUCGACCGCCUCAUCGACAGCGCCCUCGACGCUCAUCACGGGUCACGACCGGUUACCCCGGCCACUACCACCGACGGCGACAGCCUUGAAACGCAACCUGCCGCAUCAGCACCGUCUAUUGAAUUGGACCCCAUCAUUGAGCAGUCAGUUUCCAGGGCAACCGCUGCCGUGGAGAUUCAGGAGAGUGACCCUGGACCGCUCAUCAGCUCGCCUGCGGAAGACGAGGAAGUCGUCUCACUGGACGAUUUGAAAGUUGCUAUCAACGCCGUCAGUAUUGAAAAGCAUGUUGACUCCACUGUGCAGCAGCAGCUUGACCCGCCUGAGGAUGUUUUGCCGAAGGUGGCGGCUGUAGCGGCGCCCGAGUCUGCUGCUGUUUCUGACGCGCUGGAGAACACUCAGGUGCCUGCCGCCGAGUUGGACGCUACUCCUGAUGGCUCCGCCAACGGGUCUAUUAACGAGUCCGCAGAGGCAUCCGCUCACCACGCCGCCGAGGCUUCCGUCGAUUCCGCCGAGGUGGCCGCCGAGCCAUCCGCUACUAUCUCCACCAGCAUGUCGGCUGAACUCGACCCCGCGGCGGCGGGAUCCGAGAGCUCAACCGCCUAA